UCUAAUUAUUUUUUUAACUAUGCAUGUUUCUAACGAAGUCAAAACCUUCUUUAGUUGUGGGUUGAUAAAGUUGUUCUGUGUUCCUUUCACGGGCGUUUAGCUUGGCCUGUGUAUUAUACCUUUAAACAAAGUCCUGUCUGCUAUUGGACAGACGUGCGCUGAGCUGUAAACCAAUAGAAUAGAGGGAUGUACAAGAGAUCUACUCCCUCCCUCACCCACAGCACCCUUAUGCUGCUCAGAGCUGCAAGAGACGGAGCUGCGUUUCGAAAUGCGCACCAUGGUGCAUUUUCUAGUUUAGUAUUAAAUGUUAUAUGUACUGACACGUGAGAUUAAGUGAAAUAUCACAAUUACUAUGCCGUGAAACGGUACUCUUCAGUGGAAAUUCCAAUCUGUAAAAGAAAUGGGGACGCGGACAUGGAGAAAGAGAUGGGAAUGUCAGGCUUUGUGGUGUCUCGAUUUCUUCCUCAUGUGGAAUACAAUAGACGCUCAUAUUCGCUACACCAUUCCUGAGGAGCUCAAUGUGGGUUCUGUUGUUGGAAAUCUAGCUAAGGAUCUGGGCUUUGGAGUUGCAGAGAUUUCUGACCGCAAUCUGCGGAUCUCCACAGAGUCUGGUAAGCAGUAUUUCAGUGUGGAUUUGGAGAAGGGUGAGCUGGCUGUCAAUGAAAGAAUCGACAGAGAGGAGUUAUGUGGACAAAGCACGAGCUGCCUGAUGCCUUUGGAGGUUAUAAUUGAAAAUCCUUUGCAAUUGUAUCGCGUAGAGAUCGAAGUACAGGAUAUUAAUGACAAUGUUCCUCAUUUUCAUACAAAGGAAAAUGUUUUGAAAAUCGCAGAGUCCACGGUACCAGGAGCGCGGUUUUCGUUAGAAGCGGCUCAGGACCCCGAUGUCGGAUCGAAUUCAUUAAGGUCCUACGGUUUAAAUAAAAAUGAAUAUUUCUCUUUGAAUGUCUUAACUCACAAUGACGGAACGAAGGUUCCUGAACUCAUUUUAGAAAAAUCUCUGGACAGAGAGAAACUCUCCGUCCACAAGCUUAUUCUCACGGCAGUAGAUGGAGGCAUUCCGGCUACAUCAGGCUCAACACAACUGACUAUUCAGGUCCUGGACAUUAAUGACAAUACUCCAGUGUUCAGCAACGCUCUAUAUGAAAUUUCGGUGAAUGAAAAUACCCCAAAAGGCACCGUAAUCGGCAGCGUAAAAGCCACUGAUUUAGACGAAGGUUCAAAUGGUGAUAUCGAGUUUUCUUUUGCUUCGAGGACAUUAGAACCAGUACUGAAGACGUUCAGUAUAAAUCCAUUUACUGGCGAAAUUGCACUAAAUGACUCGAUAGAUUACGAAGAAAUAAACUCAUAUAAAUUUACAAUCCGCGCAAGUGACAAAGGCUCCCCGUCGAUGGAAAGCCACUGUACUGUUCGAGUGGACGUUCUGGAUAUUAAUGAUAACGUCCCUGAGAUCAUUUUGAAAUCUUUGCCUAGUCCGAUCAAGGAAGACGCGCCUGUCGGAACUGUCGUCGCGUUGAUUAGUGUAAAGGAUCUGGAUUCUGCAGACAACGGUAAAGUGACAGUAAGCAUGGUUUCCGAAAGCCCAUUUAAACUCAAACCGUCUGUUUCGAAUCACUACGCUUUGGUCACUGAUUCCGGUUUAGAUCGCGAAAAAUUCCCAGAAUAUAACGUAGAGCUUAUAGCAUCGGAUUCUGGAUCACCGCCUCUCACGGCACUAAAAGUAUUAACUGUUAGUGUCCUAGAUGUAAAUGACAACCGUCCAGUUUUCUCCCAACCUUCCUACACAGUUUAUGUGAAUGAAAACAGCACCCCAGGAACUGUCCUGUGUUCAGUGUCUGCUUCUGAUUCAGACCUGGGCGACAACGCGAAGAUCUCGUAUUCCGUCUUAGACUCCAAAGUGCAGGACGCGUCGGUCUCCUCAUACGUUUACAUUAAUUCAGACAACGGCAGCAUCUACAGCAUGCACUCAUUCGACUAUGAGAAACUCAAGGUGUUUCAGAUCCACGUUCAGGCCAAGGACCACGGCUCUCCGUCUCUGAGCAGCAACGUCACUGUCCACGUGUUUAUCCUGGACCAGAAUGACAAUGUCCCCGCUGUCAUUUACCCCUUUGCCGUCAUGGGCUCCGUGUCCCAUCAGAAGAUGCCGCGAUCGGCGAAAGCGGGACACCUCGUUACCAAGGUGACGGCCGUGGACGCUGACUCGGGACACAACGCCUGGGUUUCCUACAAACUGGUGGAGGCCACAGACGCCUCCCUCUUCAGUGUGAAUCUCUACACGGGGGAGGUGAGGACUAAACGAGCCGUUUCGGAGCAGGACGACUCUUCUCACAGGCUGCUCAUAGAGAUAAAGGACAACGGGGAACCGGUCCAGUCCGCCACGGUCACAGUGGGCAUAUCGCUAGAGGACGGGGUCCACGAGCCCAUCUUGGAUUUCCGGCAGCACAAAAGCCACGAACCGGCCAGUAAGAGCAAUAAAAUCACCUUUUAUUUGAUCGUCUCUCUGGCGUCCGUGUCCGCGGUGUCCUUUUUGACUUUUGCCAUUUUAGCGGUGAGAUGUAUCAGGAGCAGCGCAAGUCGUGCGUGUUGCUGUGUGAGACGGGGAGACUCGGAUGAAUACAAUAAUCCCAACAGAAACCUGCACAUCCAGCUCAACACUGACGGGCCUAUUAAGUACGUGGAGGUGCUGGGAGGAGACAUGUUGUCUCAGAGUCAGUCCUUCAGGUCCUGCCUGUCUCCAGUGUCCGAGUUCAGUGACUUCACCUUCGUUAAACCCAGCAGCACCACAGAUUUUAAGGAGAUGAUAAACGUGCUUGACGCGUCACUGCCUGACAGCGCCUGGACUUUUGAGAGCCAGCAGGUGAGCGUUUAGUGUUUUUAAUUAUUUCUGCCAUUCAUUUUAAUAUCUACAUGUUGCAGUCUUGGCCUGAACAGCCCUCUCUAACUGCAGAUUUUCUAAUUAAGAUGUAAUUGAUUUGUAAACGGAACAAUAGCAUUUCAAAAUAAGGGUGAAAGUCGAGAGUCUAUCAUUUUGGGCAACUAUGAAACAUGACUCACACACACAGUUUGAUGUUUCUUGUCCCAAGCGGGGUCGUGGCGAGCCGGGGCCUAUCUCUGCAGCGCAGGGUGCCGGGCUGUGGGGGCACACCAGUCCACCGCACACAGGACUCGAACCCCAGAG